UUCGUUUCCACAGUGCCGCCUCUCCCUGAGGUUGUGCUCCUCCACAGUGAGUGUCGGGUCUCCCAGCGGUCAGACGCGUUCCUCUGAGGACACACUGCGGACUCUCGCACCCCUUUAACUGAACCUGAACAAAGCCUGCACCAUGCACUGCGCUCAGUUUAAAGGUUAGAGAGGGAGGAUCACCGCUGGACGACCCUGCUGUCCAGCACCCCGGGGGUCGCGCUUUGUUCGCAGUGAAGACCCACAUUUUCUAUCACCCAAAAUAAAUCUCCAGAAACCCUGAAAAUGGAUCCUUUACAAAAUGGGAAUAACUGUGAGGAGGAGGAGGAGGAAUCGCAAUGUCCCGAGCAGGAAGAAGUAGAUCCAAGAAUCCAGGGAGAACUGGAGAAGUUGAACCAGUCCACAGAUGACAUUAAUCGCUGGGAAAGUGAACUUGAGGACUGCAGACAGAGGUUUCGAGCCGUGCUGGUGGAAGCUACAGUGAAGCUGGACGAGCAGGUGAAGAAGAUCGGACGAGCCGUGGACGACUCCAAACCCUACUGGGAAGCCCGCAAAGUAGCAAGACAGGCCCAGGUUGAAGCACAGAAGGCCACUCAGGAGUUCCAGCGGGCGGUGGAGUUCCUGCGGGCCGCCAAGGAGACCAUCGCCCUGGCCGAGGAGAGGCUGCUGGAGGAGGACAGCCGCCAGUUUGACUCCGCCUGGCAGGAAAUGCUUAACCAUGCCACACAGAGGGUGAUGGGUGCCGAGCAGGAGAGAACGCGCAGUGAAGCUGAACACAAGAAAACAGCAGCCAAUUACAGCUCCUGCAUCACACACAUGAAGCAGUUAGAGAAGAAGCUCAAACGCUCCAUCAACAAAUCCAGGCCGUAUUUUGAACUGAAAGCCAAGUAUUAUCUACAGCUUGAGCAAUUCAAGGGUCAUGUGGACGAGCGUCAGGCCAAACUUGUCGUUGCGAAAUCCGACUACCGUGCAGCGCUACGCAGCCUGGAGAGCAUCUCCGAGGAGAUCCAUGCCCAGCGACGCUCCCUCGCCAUUGGAACCAGGGAGCAAGGUGUCGGCGCGGAGGUGGACGACGGCCACGAGGACAUCGCCAACUUCAAGAUGGAGUCGGACGGUCUGUCAAUGGUGUCCGUAUCAAUCGAAGAAGAAGGCAGUCACAGUAGCAGCUCAGAGGAGGAGAUCGGCGCUAACUCCCCCUCCUCACCCCGAGCUUCACCUUCUUCAUCCUCCUCCCAACCCUCCACCUCCACCUCCACCCCCCUGGACGGGCCCUGCUCACACACAUCCUCCCCACACAACGACCCCAGCUCCUUCCUCUCCUCCUCCACCUCCUCCCCCUCCUCCCCCUCUUCCUCCGUCCACUCCUCCUCCUGUCCCGACGGACUGGAUUUGGCGAGCCCCUCUAGCUCGAAUGACCCAGACUCGGCGUGGGGUUCUGGGCAUGCCUCGCCUCUCCUGGGCCCCCGCAGCCAGUGCAGCGGAGCCUCCUCCCCAGACUGCGACCAGGAGAGAGGUGAACGAGCAGAGGGAGCCGAGGCGACGCUAGAAGCCGGUUUGAACAAGUUAACUUUGACUGUAGCACAAAAACAAGAAGAAGGUGACACUGGAGAGGAACAGGACCCACAUUUAAUGAACCCGGAAAUGUCCUCUCCCAGCUCUGUUCUGUUACUCAACAGUGUCUAACGUGUGUGUCACAUUUCGAACACUCACUUGCAGCUUCAAGGCUCAAACUGGACUGUCGAGCAGAAGAUGUGGAGACGGCAGGAUAAAAAUGCUCAAUCCAAGCUAAAAAAACUGACAACAUGGCUAUUGUCUGAUCUCAUGGUGUCAUGUUAAAAGUGCUAGUGUAUUUUAACAUCAGUGAAUCAUUGUCAAAUCGAUUUUGAACCUUAAACAAAUGAGAUCAGGGACAGGACAAUUGGUCACUUUUGGUGUUAGUAGUGCUAGAAUUCAAAAUACUGCAUUUCCCAUAAACCUCAUUGCUUUCUAUUGCAAAGAGGUUGCAUCGUAUUGCCAUUAAAUUGAUAUUGUUAGCUCUGUUUCUAUAUAACAGAAGAACAAAUCUAUGUUGUGCCAUAUAGAAAUGUGUGUUGUUCAACAGUAUGGCAAAUGUUCUUUCCUGUGGCAUUUUAAUGGAUAUUAAUCGUCUCAAUAAUCAUGUUGCAGUCUUCAUCUUAAUAGCUAUGUGUCAGAUAAUGUGGGUAACAUUUAUCGAUGUAUAUAUACUACAGUUGGCACCACUAAAAGAUGUCAACAGUGAGCCUGUGAGGAUCGUAAUGGGACAAAAAAGGUCUCAAAUGUUGGAUAAUGUCUUUUUCUGCCUUGAGCUCCCUCUGUAGCUCCUAAAUAUCAAGUUAAAAUGUAGGAUGCAGAGACUAUUGUGGAGAAAUAGUUGUCGAGUAGGAACGUGGAGUACAGCAGUACUCUGAGCACUAAACUGAAGAGACUGAGCACAAAUGGUCUUCCAUUGGGACGUGUGAAUGAUUGAGUGAAUGUAUUGCUCACCCUCUGAGGUGGUGGCGAUAGAGUGAAUGAUUUAUUGAGUGUGUGUCUGUUGGGUUUUUUUUGUUGAGAAAUGCUCAAAUAGUACCCCCUAGUACAGAUAUUCUAUAUUUAUACUCCUGUAUUCUUGUAUAUGAACAGUGUUUUGUGGUAACUGUUGUUUUUGUUUAACAAAAAAUAAGCAAUAAAAUGUUCUACAUAUAACUGAUUA